UCCUUCGCGCACUCGCUCGCUCGCUCUCCUUCCUCUCCUCUUCCAAUCUCCGACCCACCACUGUAUAUAAGCAAAACCAGAGCAGCAUCAAGAUUCAAGACCCAACACAAACAAACACUUGGGCACAAGCUCAAGAACACGGCCACGUGAGAAGGCAGGGGCCAGGGAGAGGAGCUGAAGGGAGUUCUUGGAUCGAUCUGGUGGGUGCCAAUGGCGAUGCCGCGGUCGCCGGACGCGGGCGCGCUCCGUUUUCUUGGCCUCCUGAAGCAGCCGGAAUCGGGCCCUGACUCGCCGCCGUUCGAGCUCGACGAGCGGGAAGUGGUGUGGCCGCCGGGUGGUGGUCAGGAUGGGUGGGCUGCCCCACCGGUGCCCGAGCCGCCGCCGAGCGCGAGGCGUCGCUCGCACACCGUGCCGCAAAGCUUCGGUCUGUCCUCCCUCCUCGCUGACGGCGGCGACCAUGCGGGGGCGGCCGUGCCCGUGAGGGCGGUAGCGCCGGAAGCAGGCGCUGCCGCGCCGAGGCAGUCGGCGCCAGUGAGGGUGCCAGUGUGGCCGGGAAAGGCGGCGCGCCGCGCGGAGGACGGGAGGGGCGCCAGGAUGGACGAUGAGUCUGACGAAGAGGAGGGGGAGGAGAUGGUGCCGCCGCACGUGGUGGCGGCACGGCGCCACGCGCGGUCGUCGUCGGUGCUGGAGGGCGCCGGGCGGACGCUCAAGGGGCGCGACCUCCGCCGCGUCCGCAACGCCGUCCUCCGGCAGACCGGAUUCCUGGACCUCUGAAAAAGCGAAGGCCGAUCCCACCAGUGCGAUGCCAUCAAAGCUUCACGUCUCUUCAGCUCCUGCCAUUUCAGCUGCCUCUUUCUCUACUUUCCAGUGUAACAAAAGCCAAAGCUUAUUUAAUGUCUCUCGGCACCUGAAUUGAAUCCAAUACAUUCAAUCCGAUUGGUUUGCGAA